UCGAUAAUUUCUAUUCCAGCUCUAGGUCGAGUGUAUGUGUGUGCAUGAGUGUGGGAAUUUAUUAAACAAAAACGAAACGCGGACAAACUGUAUUUAUGUAAUAAACGCAACGCCGCAGCGCCAAAGAGUUAUGAACGGUCCACGGCAAGAACGGACUUCUUAGGCAAACGCAUCUCCCAACCGACAAAAGUGCUAUAGCUCAAUCAAUUGGUUCCGUUUUGCUCAAAACCAAAAACAAAGUUUAUUCUCAAUCGCUUCGAUAGUGAGUUGUUGUUGUUGUUGUCGCUCUUUUGCCGAAAAGUAAAAUUAAAAAACAACGCACACACACACACGCUUACAAGACAACAAAAAAGAAGAAGAGCCGACGCCAGCUAUAAAAAGCAAAAAAGGUGAAAAUAAAUCGUCCCCACAAAAAGGGGACAGCAAAACUAAUCGACAAAUAAUUAGUGGAGCCCCAAAAAAGACCGCGAAAAACUAGAGGAACUCUUUUUCCACAAAAAAAAAAACUGAAGCCUUGUUAUCGAUUUUAUUUGAGGGUGUGUGUGUGUAGCGCACCCGCGUGCGUUUGUGUGCGGGUGAGUGCGUGUGUGUUGCCCACCGCGUUAUCAAAAACAACAACAAUUGGUGGCAAAGUAACAUCUAAAAAGGAAGAAAGGCAAGAAGAAGAAAGAAUCUUUUUUAGCCGGUUGCAAUUCGCUCCAUCUCGCUCGCACCGCGGUCAACCGCGGAUCGUGGCCGAUUUAUCGAAUUAAUCGCCCAAAAAGAACCAUAGAUUUCAUUGAUUUCAAAUGAUUUCGCUGCUGCAAAUGAAAUUCCAUGCGCUUUUGUUGUUGCUAUCAAAAGUCUGGACAUGCAUCUGUUUCAUGUUCAAUCGCCAAGUGCGAGCUUUUAUACAGUAUCAACCGGUUAAAUAUGAACUCUUCCCGCUGUCACCCGUCUCGCGGCACCGCUUGAGCCUGGUGCAGCGAAAGACCCUCGUUUUGGACCUGGACGAAACGCUCAUCCACUCCCACCACAAUGCGAUGCCUCGGAAUACGGUAAAGCCGGGAACGCCGCACGAUUUCACCGUGAAAGUAACCAUCGAUCGGAAUCCAGUGCGCUUCUUCGUACACAAGCGACCACAUGUGGACUACUUUCUGGAUGUGGUCUCACAGUGGUACGACCUUGUAAUAUUCACGGCCAGCAUGGAGAUUUACGGAGCGGCGGUGGCGGACAAGCUGGAUAAUGGCCGGAACAUACUCCGGAGACGAUACUACAGACAACACUGCACUCCCGACUACGGAUCCUAUACCAAAGACCUGUCGGCUAUCUGCAGUGACCUAAAUAGGAUAUUCAUCAUUGACAAUUCGCCGGGGGCCUAUCGCUGUUUCCCCAACAAUGCCAUACCUAUUAAGAGUUGGUUCUCGGAUCCAAUGGACACGGCGUUGCUGUCGCUGCUGCCCAUGCUGGAUGCGCUGAGGUUCACGAACGACGUGAGGUCGGUGCUGUCGAGGAACUUGCACCUGCACCGCCUCUGGUAGCAGGUGGGCCGCCUGUCGCUAGUGUAGUCUAUCUAUUUAGGAGGAGCAACCUAAGCCAGCGAUGUGGGGAUGAUACCUUCUGAAAUUAACAACAAAAUGGUGGUGCUGUGACACAUUAACGAAUUUUUUUCAUUUUUAUUAUUUACCAUUCAUUCAAAAGUUGUGAAGAGAAACAGAGAAUAGAUAAUGUGGAUAAGAGAUUUGGAAAUCUGGAAAUCAAUGGUUUUAUUUUCCUUUUGUGUAUUAAGAUUGCAGUUUUUAUAACAAUUUAAUUAUAAAUGCAUAUUUGUCCAUAUAUGUAGACCAGCUAUUUUUUAUUAUUUUUUUUUUGAGAAUAUUUUUUGUUUGUUUUUCUUGUGUGCAUUUUGAUAAAAAAUAUCAAAUGAAAACUCUUGAACACAGUAUAGAUAUGAAAGCGAAGAUGAGCAGAAAGUGAAGUAACAACAUUAAGAACAAAUUUGUCAAGUUAUAUAUAUCAUAUUAUUAUAAAUUAAAUCUAAGGCCACUUACAACAAGAGUCUUGUACUUUCUAUACCAUGAUUACAAUUAAUUAUUAUAAAACGGAACUUGUUUAUUAUGAAGAUAGCGAGAUGAAGCAAAAUAUUUAUAAUUAUACAAAUUAGUUGAUUACGAAA